UUUUUUUUUGUAUAAUGAGUUCAUUACCAUUGACUGUACAAGACGAUAUUGAAGCCAAAGAGAAAUAUGCAGCACAACAAAGACAGACCAGUAGAAAGUGUAGCUCACGUCGUAUUCGAGUAUUGUUCAUUAUAGGCAUACUUUCCUUAUUGACAAUGAUACUUGUACGCUAUACUGGUUCCAACGAUACAAGUAUGAUUGUAGGUGAUGAAUUGGACAUCACUACUCAAGAAGAACAGACGAAAACAGAACCCAUCAGUCUAUUAGAAGAGAUCAAAGGAUUGAUUGAACAGCAUAGGCUGAUUGUCUUUUCAAAGACUUAUUGCCCAUACUCAAGAAAAGCUAAACAACUACUGAAUACAUACGACUUAAAAGAACCCUUGACAGUGAUCGAAGUCGACUUGAGAGAUGAUGAUUAUCAAGUCAAAAUGGUAUUGAAGCAAAUUUCAGGCAGAGACACAUUUCCUAAUAUUUUUCUGAAUAAUCACACAUUGGGUGGUUCCGAUGACCUUGAAAUAUUACAUGAAACAGGACAACUCACAGCACUGUUGAUUCAAAAUCAUUUGUUGAGUUGAUUGAAUUUAAAAGUCCCUUAAAAAAAUAAUAAAGGGGAUUUUUUUUUUUUU